UCAGACCCUGACCUGGAAGUGCUCCGGUAUUGUUGCUCAACUGAAGAAGUCUGCUUUCUGCAUUCGCAACAUCAAUGGGUUUUAUUGGGAAUCAGUUACACACUGUCUAAAGAUUGCAGAAUCUAAAAAUAACCAAACCAAGCCGAGGAGGCUUGAACUGAACUGCGCAUCUCGGUAGCCAGUCGCAACAGAGAAGUAGCUAACUAGCUAGCCUAGCUAGCUUCAGCUGCACCAACAACAAAACGCCGGCAUGUAUAAUCCUCACCACCAUCACCAGCAGCAGCAGCAACAGCAACAACAGUUUCACCAACAUCUACGACAGCUACAGCAACUGUUCCACCAGCAGCCUCCGCCGCCGCCGCCGCCUCCUCCACCACCUCAACCCCCACCGUCGCACCAUGUUGCUCAUCACCACCACCAAGCAGGACGGCCCAUGACAGUGCCCCCCCAAGGCCCACCUCCCCCCCGUAUGGUCAACCUCUGCCAGGCUACCCAGACCACCAUCCUGGCUCCCAACCCCAUGCUGCAGGGAGCCCUGCUAAUGCAGCAGAUGCAGGGGAACAUGCGGGGGUAUGCCAUGGGGGGGCAGCAGUUUCGCCAGUUCUUCUCUGCGGGGGCGCGGGCCUCCCUCCUGGGGCCUGUCCCCAUGGGUGUGGCCAUCAAGACCCCCCACAUGGGCUUCCCUGCACGCCACUUCCACCCUCAUGCUCGCUACUACAACAACAUGGAGUUUUCCUCCUGGCAGGGGGGGAGGAAGCGGGACAGCGAGCAGCGAGCCUCCGGCAGCGCAGACUCACUUCCCGCCAGCAGCGCUGAUGCACUUCCUGCCAGCAGCGCUGAUGCACUUCCUGUGGCAGUCGGCUCUGUGGGGGGGAGCAGUGACCACACCCUCAGAGAUGGAGGAGUGGGGGGGUUAGACGCGCCCCCUGAGCCCCCCGAGGAGGAGCCGGCCCUGAAGAAGCUGCGGACAGAGAGCUCAGAGGAGCCUAUGGAGCGGUCCACUGUGCAGACAGCGGGGGUGCUGGGUGGUGUGGAGUGUAAGAGCCCUGCAACAGACAGCCAGCCUGGAGACUGUGAGCUCCUAGAGGAGGGAGGCAGCACCGCCGAGGCUGCGGAGGCCCUGGAGGAGAGCAGGGCUGUGGAGGUCGAGAGAGGAGAGCUGAACCUGCAGGACUCUGAGGAGGCUGGGGCAGAGGCCAGAGGGGAGGCUGGGGCAGAGGCCAGAGGGGAGGCUGGGGCAGAGGCCAGAGGAGAGGCUGGCCCCCUGCCAGGCCCCCAAGAGGAGGGGAGCGGCGAGGCAGCUAACAGGUUCUACUGCUACAUCUGCAACAUCACCUGCCACAACCAGCAGAACUUCCAGGGCCACAUGAACGGCCUGUCCCACCAGCAGAAGAUGAUGGAGAUCCAGCACAUGAGCAAUGCCUGCUUGGUCACACUGCUGCCCCGCGUACAGGAGACCCUGCAGGGCGCACGCCGGGACGGGGAGAAGAGACCAGGGCUGCAGCGAUGGUGUGCCUCCUGUCAGACACAUUUCACCAGCAAUGUCCUGGAACACCGCCGGACCAAGGAGCACAAGCGCUCCAGCUGCACGGCCAGCCCCUCCUGCACGGUGUGCAAGAGGCUCUUCAGGACUCCUCGUCUGUUUGUGCAGCACAUGCAGUCUGACGAGCACAGGCAGCUGGUGCAGGAGCUUCGAGAAGAGAGCGGAACUGAGGCCCUGGCCGAGAUGGUUGCCAUGGAUGCAGACGGCUGCUAUGUUGACGAUGGGGAGGAAGAGGAGGAGGGGGAGCAGGUCAGCUCUGACAGACAGGAGGGCAGCCGGCGGGAGGUGGCCCUGGAGGACAUGGCAGAUGAUGAGGAGCACCAGCCAGACACGGUGUAUGGCUCCAGCUUCAUGGUUCCUGUGGCUGGCUUCCUUUGCCGCCUCUGUCACCAGUUCUACCACUUCGAGUCGUCCGCCCGGCACACACACUGCACGUCCCUCGAGCACUUCAACAACCUCAAGAAGUUCAGAAGCCUGCAGAGCCCGAAGGCUGCAGCGCCCCCCCUGGACCCGCUGGCAGAGGCCAGCCUGGACGGUCUGGAGGAGAGUGGUGGCAACCUGAGCUCAGGGUCUGAGUGCCUCUCUGGGGAUGAGCUUCUGGAGUCAGACGUGGAGGAGCCAGGCCUCAAUCACUCUGCCCUGCUGCAGCCUACCGUCAGCAUCACCAGGCUGGCCUCCAGCCUCCUGCUCCAGCCUCAGGACCACCAAGACCCUCAGUCCCCCCAGGAACCCCAGCCCCAAGACUCCCAGUCCCCCCAGCCUCAGGACCACCAAGAACCCCAGCCCCAAGACAACCAGCCCCCCCAAGGCUUGUUCAUACCAGUACAAGAAGAUCCCCCCUCGCCCAGCCCCCCUGCAGACCAACCCUCCACCAGCCCCCCUGCAGACCUCCCCUCCACCAGCCCCCCUGCAGACCCAGAGGAGGAGAUCCUGUUCCAGGGCAGCCCAGAGCAGCUCUGCCCCCUGGGGCUGGAGGUGACGGGAGAGGAGGCUGCCUCUAACCCUGCCUUGGUUCCAGGAGAGGCAGAAAAGGUGGAGGAGGAGGUGAAAGCUCCUGUCCCUGAAGAGAAGCCCAGCAUGGGGAAGGCUAAAGCUCCUCCCAAGCGCAGGUCUGGCAGGGCAGCGAGGAGGCGGUGA